CUUAGCAAAUACUCGGUCUACCGGUGGACCGCUCCACAAUGGAUUUAUAGUUGAUCAGAUUAUUCGCUUAAGUGUUUUUCCUCUGUAAAACCAUUUAUGCAGUUCAAAUCAUACAUCUAAGGAAGAAGACAUUAGUGGAGUUGCAGUCAUGGUGCAGAAGUAUCAGUCACCUGUGAGGGUCUACAAAUAUCCCUUUGAGCUGAUAAUGGUGGCCUAUGAGAGGAGGUUCCCAAAAUGCCAUCUGAUACCUGUAUUUGUGGACAGUGUUAUUGUAAACGAACAACAAAGUGAGGACGGGGCAGUGCGCGUGAUUGAGCGCAGAUGCACGGUGGAUGUGGAUGCUCCUCGGCUGCUGAAGAGAAUCGCUGGUGUGGAUUAUCUAUAUUUCAUCCAGAAGAACACUUUGGACAGGAGGGCCAGGACGUUGCACAUUGAGGCCUACAAUGAGAGUUUCUCCAGCAGGGUCACUGUGAACGAACACUGCAGCUAUACGGUGCAUCCAGAGAACGAAGACUGGACAUGUUUUGAGCAAUCAGGCAGCAUGGAUAUAAAGUCCUUCUUUGGCUUUGAAAGCACAGCAGAAAAGAUUGCCAUGAAACAGUAUGCCGCCAGCAUUAAAAAGGGUAAGGAGAUCAUUGAGUAUUACUUGAAAGAGUUGGAGGAUGAGGGCAUUACCCAUGUGCCCCGUUGGGUUCCCAGUACACACCUUACUGCCACACUCCAGCUCCCCCCCAGUUCAGCCAAGCCUGUCCCAGUGCCAUCCACUGAGGCCAACUGCAGGAAUCAAGCCAACUUACCAGACGUCCUGUCAAGCUCCCCAGAUGAUAAGAUAGAUGCUGACUACAUCAGACGUUACUUGGGAGAGCUGACACCACUCCAGGAAAGCUGCCUUAUUCGCUUACGCCAGUGGCUGCAGGAAACACACAAAGGCAAGAUCCCUAAAGAUCAGCACGUACUGCGUUUCCUGCGCUCUCGGGACUUUAACUAUGAUAAGGCUCGAGAGGCACUGUGCCAGACACUCACCUGGAGGAAACAACACCAGGUGGACUUCCUGUUGGACAGCUGGCAGCGCCCGCAGCUCCUGCAGGAGUACUACACCGGAGGCUGGCAUCGCCACGACAGAGAUGGUCGUCCUCUCUACAUUCUUCGCCUGGGACAGAUGGACACCAAAGGGCUGGUCAGAGCCCUCGGAGAGGAGACCCUUCUUAGACAGGUGCUCUCCAUCAACGAGGAGGGUCUGAGGCGAUGUGAAGAGAACACAAACAUAUUUGGUCAUCCAAUCAGCUGUUGGACAUGUUUGGUGGAUCUAGAGGGGCUGAACAUGAGGCAUCUGUGGCGACCAGGCAUUAAGGCCCUGCUCAGGAUCAUAGAGGUGGUGGAGGCCAAUUAUCCUGAGACACUGGGCAGACUGCUCAUUCUCAGAGCCCCCCGAGUCUUCCCUGUGCUCUGGACACUGGUCAGUCCAUUUAUUGAUGAGAACACUCGGAAGAAAUUUCUCAUCUACGCUGGAAAUGAUUACCAGGGCCCUGGAGGACUAGUGGACUAUAUUAACAGAGAGUUCAUCCCAGAUUUUCUUGGAGGAGACUGUCCGUGUGAUGUUCCUGAGGGUGGCUUGGUGCCUAAGUCUCUGUACCGUGCUCCAGAAGAUUUGGAAAAUGAGCAGGUUAAACUCUGGACUGAGACCAUUUACAAAAGUGCCAGUGUGUUUAAGGGUGCACCACACGAGGUACUUAUAAAGAUAACAGAGCCCUCAUCUGUAAUCACCUGGGAUUUUGACGUGUGCAAAGGUGAUGUCAUCUUUAACAUCUACCACUCCAAGAAAGCGCCCCAGCCUUUCAGAAAAGACAUCACCUCCCCAGGAGCCAACAACAUGCAGUUCAUUGACAAGUCAUGGAUGCUGGGGUAUGACUACAGCAUGGUGGAAACAGCUCUCACCUGCAGGGAAGGAGAGAGCGUACAGGGCUCUCACGUCACACGUUGGCCAGGGUUCUACAUACUCCAGUGGCGGUUCCACAGUACGCCAGCCUGUGCUGCCUCUAGCCUGCCCCGUGUAGACGAUGUUCUGGCCUCACUGCAAGUCUCCUCGCACAAAUGUAAAGUUCUGUACUACACCGAAGUGCUGGACUCUACAGACUUCAGAGGUUCUAUGAGCAGUCUGGAGUCCAGUCACAGUGCAUUCUCCAUGCUUAGUGCUGCCACCACCUCCUCCAGCCAAUCACAUUCUGGCUCUACUGUUUCAAGGUAGCAGUUGAACCAGCUGUAAAGCAGUGCGCUCCCACUGGAGUAGAGCCACUGACCGGCGUGGACACCGCACUCCAGUGCAAGGACUCAGGGACUGAACUAAACUACUCUUCACUCACAUCAUCAAAAGUCAGGGCUGUAUAACAUAUUUUACAAUCUUUGCCUUGUGCGGAAAACUCACACGCUCACAGUAUACUGCACUUUGAAAUUCACGGGUUUAAACUCUUAUAAUUCAUGAAGUCGUUUUGUUUUAUUAUUACAGAAGAUAUAUUAAUGCGUUUUCUUUAUUUUCGAAUUCAAAUUUUUCCUGUUUUUAAUGUGUUUCUUACUGUAUGGUCGUACGAAUGACCUUUAUGACCCAGACAUACUAGCUAUAGCCUAUUAACGUUAUGUGUCACUUAUAUUUCACAGUCCUGUUUGUUCCAGUGACUAUGUUUGUGCUGUUUCAUAUUUUUGUCAGCUAUUACUAAGUAACUCAGUGAUAUUCAGCUGUCUUCUAAGUACUACUUCUGUCCUCUAACUGCCUUUCUUUAGAUUUAUACACACACAUUCCUGAACACCCAGCAGCAUUAGUUAGUGUGCUUCCUCUGAUGUCCACUAGAUGGCAGUGCGCUAUUUAAAGACUUAACUAUGUGUCUACAAGUGUGUAGAGAAAGGGCAUAAUGAAUGUUCUAGGAGACCAAGCUGGGAUUGGCCUCUUAGCUCGAAGGUGCCUAAUGCAAUUACAUGUUCUGUUCCAAGCUUGACAUUAGCUGUAACUGUGUAGAGACAAUGUGACAGAGAUAUUAUCGUUUAUAAAUAAACAUUAAUUUGUGACAGAGAUAUUAUCGUUUAUAAAUAAACAUUAAUUU